AUGUUCUGUGCCGCUACCGGAUUCGCCGGAACACCAAAUGUCGGAACUGGUCGUUUUGAACCCGAACGUCUCGUCCCUGUCGAGAACGCUGGACGCAUCAAGGUACACUUCAACGCAGACAGGUCCGAACAACUCCCGUGGACAUUUACGCCUCAGCAAAAAUUUGUCACUGUAUUACCAGGGGAAACUAGUCUGGCAUUUUAUACGGCAAAAAACAAUUCCGACAAGGAUAUCAUUGGUAUAGCUACGUAUAACGUUACUCCUGAUAGGAUCGCCCCAUACUUUUCGAAAGUAGAAUGUUUUUGCUUUGAAGAGCAGAGACUUUUGGCCGGCGAGGAAGUCGAUAUGCCUCUUCUCUUCUUUAUCGAUAAAGACAUUUUAGACGAUCCUGCCUGUAGGAAUGUCGAAGAUGUCGUACUAUCCUAUACUUUCUUCCGAGCUCGCCGAAACGAUCAAGGUCAACUGGAACCUGAUGCAGCUGAGGAUGUUGUUCAAAACUCACUGGGUUUUGGCGGGUACGAACAUGCGCCCAAAGCAGAGACUCGCACAUUGGCCAAACAAUCCAAUCCUGCAUCUUCUUCAACGUCAUGA